UCUGUAGAGGACGCACCGGGUAGAGCAGAUGCAGUGAACUAAACAACCGAGAGGACAGCAGAUGCUUUAAAGGUUUUUUUUUAGUCAUUUAGUCUAACCCGAAGCGUUUAUAUCAGAGAUGUGAAUAGGCAAGCAGACUGUAUAUCAAGUUUUCACGGAGCAAAGAAGGCUGUUUUUUUUUUCCCAUAGGCGACCAUUAAGUCUGUGGAUUACGCACGCCGGAGCUCCCGGGACAGUGAAAAGUUGUGAAACUAUCGUUUUGCCGCACAGGAAUACGUAAGAGAGCAUGUUCUGCCACACUGGUUACAGCAAGCGCACGCUGCUUAACUGAAAAUAUAAUGUACGUCUCAAUGGAGUGAUUUGGCACUUCCCCCCCACUAAUUGGGCAAAAAGAAAAAGAAAAGAAAACUCGUUUAGAGUGAAAUAGACAUAAUUUAUUUAUGGAUUAGAGCUAAGACUAUUUUAAUUUUUUUCUCAAACACAAGAAAAGAGAAAUAAAAGAUAUAUGAUUUGGGGGAUGGCAACUGCCACUUCAAGCCCAUACCUAGCCAGCAGCAGGAUUUUAUCCAGCCCGGUCCUUCACUCUGACCGGAGGGGUGGUGGUAUGCAGUCGGGCGGCACCGCUGUGACCACGGUGUCUAGUGGAUACAGAGGGGACCCUUCAGUGAAGAUGGUGCAGAGCGACUUCAUGCACGGAGCCAUGGUAGCAAGCAACGGGGGGCACAUGCUAAGCCAUGCACACCAGUGGGUGACAUCGUUGCCUCAUGCAGCAGCCGCAGCGGCCGCCGCUGCAGCGGCAGUAGCGGAGACCGGGUCUCCGUGGCCCCCGAGUUCCCAGCCACAGGAUGUAAAGAGAAACGCCGGCAGGGACGACCUCCACUCGGGUUCAGCCCUUCACCACAGGUCUCCGCAUCUAGGACCUCACCAGGCGCACACGGGAAGUUGGGGAGGCACCUCCGCUGCGCACAUCAGCAUCACUGAGGGGGAGCAGCAGCAGCAACAAUCCCUCAUUUACUCCCAGCCAGGAGGAUUUACAGUCAACGGGAUGCUGAGCUCACACACCGGGCAAAGCCUCAUGCACUCGGGGCUGGUGCGCGGAGAAUCACCUCGGCUGGACCACGGCAGCCAUCAUCACCACCAACACCAUCAUAAUCAUCACACGCACCAUCACCAGCAACACGGUCUGGGCCACGAAUCGCAUUCAGACGAGGACACCCCUACGUCCGAUGACUUGGAGCAUUUCGCCAAACAGUUCAAACAGCGACGGAUCAAGCUUGGUUUCACCCAGGCAGACGUGGGCUUAGCUCUGGGCACUCUGUACGGCAACGUGUUCUCACAGACCACAAUCUGCAGAUUUGAGGCGCUUCAGCUGAGCUUUAAGAACAUGUGCAAGCUGAAACCUCUGCUGAACAAAUGGCUGGAAGAGGCUGAUUCCACCACUGGGAGCCCGACCAGCAUCGAUAAGAUCGCCACCCAGGGCAGGAAGAGGAAAAAGCGCACUUCCAUCGAGGUGAGCGUAAAAGGCGCACUGGAGAGCCACUUCCUCAAGUGUCCCAAACCUUCCGCACAGGAGAUCAACUCUUUGGCGGACACUCUGCAGCUGGAGAAAGAGGUGGUCAGGGUCUGGUUCUGCAACCGCAGGCAGAAAGAGAAGCGCAUGACGCCGCCGGGACUUCCGCGCACUCCAGAGGACGCAUAUUCACAAGUGGGUAGCAUUGGACCUGACACACCGUCUCCCUCCAUAGAGUGCAAGAGGUUGUUCAGCGAUACGUGAAAGAGCCCCAAAAUAACAGGGAUGAAACACGAACAACAGCCUCUGUUUUAUAAACAUGGGUCUCAAUGAAACCUUUGAUUAACUUUUUAUUCGCCACCAUUGAUCCAAAAAGUAGAAUUGUUAUCCAAUGUUCAUAUCAGGACUGGACACAUCACAACCGCCCUUUAUGCAUCGUUAUUUGGCAUUUUUCUGCUCCCUGAAACAGCCUCUGGGACAAAAAAUUAUAUUUCGGUCUAAAUUAAAUCUGAACAAAAGACAACUGAAAGUUAUUUAAAGGAAAUGUUUGGUCACCAAAACCGGAGAUAUUCGAGCAGAAACAAGUUAUUUCCAUAUCUUUGUACUGUAAAAAUAAUAGUUCCCUUGUGAUGCUGCAGAAACUGAUGUCCCACAUGCUAGACUGAACUAUAACCUACGUUUUUAAUCAAACACACCGCUUUAUCCAGUGUUGAGUUGUUUCUAAUGAGCAAUAAUUUCUCUUCAUUCAAACCUGUUUCUCACUUUGUGUUGUGUGUCGGUGGAUUUUUUACAUUUUUUUUUUAUUUUUUUGUGGCACAGUUUAAGGUUUCAACAAGCGAUUUACAGUUAUUCCAAUAUUUGUAUUUUCCUUUAAUCCUUUUCCAUUUAGCAAACGGUCUCUUAAGGUUAUGUACAAGUUUGCUGUGUAUUGUGGUGAUAUGGACUAUUUAUUUAUUUUUUGCCACUGUGUUUAUUUUCAUGGAAUAGACCAAUUAUUUAAUAAAUUUGACAUAAACCUUGUGUUAGAUACCGGAGCGUUAUUCUUAAGGGC